UAGGGAAAAGAGCCAGCAGAGAGAAGGAAGGGAAAACACCACGACUAGGACACACAAUGGAGGGGCAGUUUACGAGGGGCCCCUGAAUGCAACAAAAGCCCGUUUACUCUUCACGGAGAGAGAGACAACUAUCAGACGAAGAGGAGCAGUGUGGAUCUCAAAAUGUUUCAGUAGGAUGCGGAGGAUGCCAGCGAUGAGUCAAAGUAGUCCCUGUCUUUGGAACCAGCUCCCCCAGAGCAGCCAGUCCCCAUGUGACCGCUACAAGCACGCCUGCUGCAGCUAUCAUGGAAAUGUCUAUAUCCUGGGAGGCCGAUACAGCAGCUGUCUGAGGGACUUCUGGAAGUACAGCGUAGUAUGUAACGAGUGGACAGAGUUGAGCUGCACCGGUGAAGCUGCACCAGAAGAGCUAGAGGAACACUCUAUGGUGGCUCAUAAGGGCUUCCUGUAUGUGUUUGGAGGCAUGCUGGAUUCUGCAUACACAAAGGGCAGAUGUGCCCUUUGGGUAUUUGACAUUGCAAAGCAGAAAUGGGUGCACUGCCAGGGAAAGACAAGCUUCCUUCAGACCCAAAUGCCAACCAACAGAAAAGGACACAGUGCUGUGGUGGUUGGCUCUGCAAUGCUGGUGUAUGGAGGUUUCGUAGACAUGAAAGGAUCCUCACAGGACUUUUGGAGUUUGGAUUUUGAUACCAUGGCUUGGUCCCUGCUGAAUGAUUCUCAGCAGGGCUCAUUAGGCCCAGGUCCCAGACACAGUCACUCAGCCGUGGCCUACCAGGAUUGCAUGUACCUGUUCGGGGGCUUGAAAGGCUUGCGGGAGCAGAAAGAUUUCUGGAAGUGGAAUUCUGCCAGCCACAUGUGGAGCUGCAUCAGAACCAUGUCCAGUCCCUCCAGACUGAUGGGCCACUCAGCUGUGGCAUACAAAGACAGUAUGCUUCUUUUUGGGGGAGGCGAGAGCCAGAACUCUCCAAAGAACUGCCUGUGGAGGUAUAGCUUCACCACUCAGUCCUGGGGGCAGGUUGCCACACUUCCAGGCUCUAGCCCACCAGACAAGAUUCACCACUGCUGCACUGGACUGGGUCCCAGCUACAAGUCCAACACCAGCAGCUUGUCAUCCAGCUCAGGACUCCAAACUAGGAUACUGAAUGACAAGCUCAGGCCCUUCAAGAACAAGUGUUUCCCUGCGCCUCUCACUUUUCUAGGAUCAGAGGGCGCUAUAGAGCUGGAGACGUUCAGCCUGGACAAGUGCUACAGUAGCAAAGCACUCACAAAAUCUUCAGAACUGGACAGUAGCAAAGAGGACUUGAUGGGGAAUGAUUCACAGUGGAAUGGAAACUGUCUGGCCUUUGAGAAUAAAGCUUUCAGCAAACAAUGGACAGAGGAAGACCUGCUCAAUGAGGAGGAUGGUGAUAUAGUCCAGCACCUGCCCGAUAUGCUGCUGGUCCUUGGAGGAAGACCUUGCACCAGUCACAGCCCUAUGUCCAUAUGGCAAAUGACUCUCACUGACUCAUAACAGCCUGUGAAAAGCAAACUUAAGAGACUUUUUCUUCUUUGUUAAUCUUACGUGUUUUUUAAGCAUUUAGCGAUAUACUGUAAAUAAGAAAACAACUUGAAAAGAUCUAUAAUAUUAUUAUAUAUUGCCAUGAGUUUUUGUGUUGUGAAUUUAUGGAUUUAUCACACAUUUUUGCAGUACUCAAAUAAAUGAUUGGAAAAUAGCAUUCAGAAAACCUAUGAAGUUAUAACAGUCAUUAAUAAUUAUGUAAGCAUUAGUGUAAUUGUGAAAACAUUACAGUAUAUAUACGGGUUCUGUCUGUAUGUUGCCAGGAAUUGAUAUAUAAUGUCUUAGCACAGGGCAUUGAGUAGACUUUACUACACUUUACUACACAUGCACAAGCAUAAACAGCAAAAUCAGGAUCACCAAUCCACACCCUAGACUUCCUACUUACUGUUAUGACAGUUUGGUCUUUAUUUGUACUAAAAGUCUAUGACAAACUUCAGCCCCACAAGCAACCAAAUGUGGUUAGGAUCCUGCACAACUGCCUUCAAAUAUUAAAAACUGAACACCUGGAGAUGAUAACAGUGUCUAUAAUAUAACCUAAAUUACACACGAUGGCGCCAGAGCUCAGCGUUCUAUUGACGUUCUGUCUAACCAAUAGCUGCAGGAGUGAGGGCACGGUUAUAAGCCUAGGAGAUAAAUUAGGCACGGCGACUCCUGGGUUUGUGACAGGCCAAGUGUAAAGUACAGUUGUAGCCCACCACAUUCAACUAGUCAGCACAAAAAGAAUGUCCCUUGUUUUCAAAUGUCCCUCAGAACACAAUUCUGAUGUGGUUGAACUGGGAAGAAUGUUUGAGCGUGUGAUUCACUUUCAACCUCUCACUUAAUUCAUCAAAUAAAACAUUUACAAUUAAUGCAAUUCAGAAAGAACUCUAACUUAACACCCGAUACACCUUUUGUUUCCUGUUAUGUAAUGGAUUAGUCUGGCAACCACUGUAGUUAAAAUAGUUACUCCACUGUAGUAAUUUUUUUUGACUCAGUCACAUACUGUAAUGUCCUACUGCCAGAAAUGCAGUACUCACUAGAGCAUCAAAUGUGUAUCAAUCCACUGUUACAAAUAGUCCCCAACAAGUGCACCACUUCCUCCUUUAUGAGUAAUGAUUGGUAAAAGUGACAAUGCCCAGCUGUUUUAGAAAUUUACUGGGCCUUUUGCCCCUUCUGGUACAGUUCAAUCUGAAGGGUUUAUAGGCUGAAGAGGUUAAAGUAUUUAGUAUUUCACAUGAAAAUAGGAAAAAGUAGAGAAAUAUCAGGAAAAAAAUGGACAUAACUGUGUAACAGAUGUUUUUUUUUCUCUUUCCUUAAUCAGACAGAGAAUCUUGUAGUUUCACUAAUAGAUCCAUUAAGCAUUGUGUUUAAAGUAGCAUGAAAAAAGACUUUUUCAUGCUACCUCUUAACUCUCGACUAUGACGUACAUUUACCCCUGUGUCCGUGUAGGUCAUUCCUAUAUCCAAGAACAAUCUUACACCUUGCUGUGCAGCAUAUAGCAUCAUCUAGGCUACUUGACACUUGACAUUUUUGUUUGUUUGUUUUUUUUUUACAAUGUAUUACUCAGCAUAUCAUUGUACAGUGUAUAUUAAAAACUUGCUUGAAU